CUGACCGCGGCCAAUCAGAGGCGCUCUGACACAGGAACUUCCUGCUCCGGAUAGAGGAGCAGUUUUUUUGUCAGCUGGUCGCUGCUGCGACUUUUACGUCAACUAUCUAACAAGACAACAACAAGUCAACUUUAUUAACCAGCAGCAGCGAGCUUUAAGUCAUGAGUGAACGGGGGACUCGGACUGCACAACACCAAGCUGACAAACUUUAACCCGACCGCGUCUCGCAGCAGAGCCUCAUGAAAGUGGGAGUUUUAUUGUCCUAGCUCGCUGGCUAACGUUAGCUAUUUGUCUGGUGUGUGUGUGUGUGUUGCCGAUAUGGCUACCAGAGAGACGGCUUCACGGCAGAAAUACCGUCGCCCACCGGCGUGCAUAAAGCAGGAGCAGGAGGACGACUCCGACGCGGAGGAGACUCACCUGGGGCUGAGGAGGGCGGACGGGCUGGAGUCUCAGAUCAUCCACAGCGGACACUUCAUGGUGUCCUCGCCCCACAGCGAGCACCCACCGAAGAAAGGCUACGACUUCGACACUGUCAACAAACAGACCUGUCAGACUUAUCGUUUCGGCAAAGCCAGCAUGUCUCACCUGUCCAUAGACGCCUCGCUCACCAAGCUGUUUGAGUGCAUGACUCUCGCGUACAGUGGUAAGUUGGUAUCUCCCAAAUGGAAGAACUUCAAAGGUCUAAAAUUGCUCUGGAGAGACAAGAUUCGACUCAACAACGCCAUAUGGAGAGCCUGGUAUAUGCAAUAUGUGGAGAGAAGGGAUAAUCCUGUUUGUCAUUUUGUGACUCCCCUGGAUGGAAAUAUGGACAUGGACAUACAUCGUCCUGCUGAGGCUAUUUCCGCAGAGGGGAAAUGCUGGAAAAGAAGAAUUGAAAUUGUCAUAAGAGAAUACCACAAAUGGAGAACAUACUUUAAGAAAAGGUUACAGAAGCACAAAGACGAGGACCUCUCGAGCUUGCUUAAGGGCCCAGCGGAGCAGUUUUCGCUGUUUGGAGAAGUCUCUCCAGACAUGCUUCGUGUCUCAUUUUAUCAGGAUGAAGAGACUGCGGCGCGUCGUGUGCCUCGUAAGCAUUAUGAAACGCCUGCUCCUAUGGAGAUGGACCCCCUCUUUGACAUGGAUGUUCUGAUGUCUGAGUUUUCAGACACGUUGUUCUCUACGUUAGCCUCGCACCAGCCCAUAGCGUGGCCCAAUCCAAGGGAGAUCGCUCACGCAGGGAACGCAGACAUGAUCCAACCAGGACUCAUCCCCUUACAACCCAACCUAGACUUCAUGGACUCCUUUGAUCCACUACAAGACUUAUUUCACAGCCUCCGUCAGCCCAUCUUCCCCUCUGUUUCCCUCACUGCACCAUCUGUCACCCCUCUACCCAGCAGCAGCUCUCAGUCACAGACCCAGUUAAUGCCUUCAAUGCAACUCACUACCAACAACAUCUCCCCUCCUGGCCCCCUGCCCGUCUCCUCUCCCAUGGUCAGGGAAACCAGUCAAACUGGUAGUGGCAGUGGUAGUGAUGCGCCCUAUGUACAAAACUACAUGCCUCUGUUUCCUGGGCAGGUAGCGCCCAGUGAUCAAGCAGCAGUAGCUUCCUCAGUUUCUCAGCCAUUAUCUUCCCAUCAUGAUCCUCUGGCACAGUGCCUCUCAGGUCAGGACAUGGCCUCAGGGGCACCCAUGGUUCCCUCGCCGUUGAACAACACCUCAGCGCUGGAUGAAACUGGAGCGGCAUCUGUGAUCACACACACAGCCUCCUCUACCGUCACGUGCAGCGAAUCGGCCACAACCUUCAGCCACGGCUCAAACUAUAGCUCCAUAUCCACACAACCUCCGCCUCCUCCAACGCCACUCCAACCCUUGGCUUCGUUGCCUCCCACUUCUGUCCAGCACCCUCAACCUUUUGCCCUGCCUCGCCCCUUUCAGUCAUCCAGUGCCAACAAAAACCGCCCUGUGCAAAGGAUUGCUCCUGCUAACACCCUCCCCUCUUCCCACCUCAUCCUCACAGCCCCUUUCCAAGGUCAUGCUAAUGCUGUGAUUGUCACACCAACACCUCUGAAAGCAGAUGUGGUCCCUAAUACCGGCAUGGUCAUCACUCCUUCUCACCUUGGGCCUCCAGGAUUUCACGUUGUGUCUCAGACACAGAAGUCUCCUCAGCCGAUUGUCCCCAAACAAAAGUCUUACUCUUCCAGCCGCAAAAAUCAGAAAGCGUCCUCUAGUGUUGCUCACAGUCAGCCAGGAUCAGGUCAAGGAUCACCAUGUGGGUUAGAUCAAGUUCCUAGUCCCCAGUCACUGAUCAGCAGCAGCAGUACACCUCUAAUAAAAAUUGAACAAAGUCAGAGCCGGAGGACAACAUACAUAUCUGCUGAGCAAAAGAGACGAUCGAACAUAAACAUCGGCUUUAAAACACUCUGCAACCUCGUUCCCACUCUAAAGUCACAAUCAAAUAUCAGUAACGCAGUCACCUUGCAGAAGACAGUGGAGCACAUUGGGAAGCUCCAGCAGGAGAGGCAGCAGAUGCAGGAAGAGGUCAAGAGACUACGUGAGGAGAUAGAGGAGCUCAACGCUUCCAUUAACUUGUGCCAGGAACAGCUGCCUGCAACAGGGGUGCCCAUCAGGCGGAAUCGCUUCGACCACAUGCAAGAGAAGUUCAAUGAAUAUGUAAAAAACCGCACGCUUCAAAACUGGAAAUUCUGGAUCUUCAGCAUCAUCAUUAAGCCUCUCUUUGAGUCAUUCAAUGGGAUGGUGUCAACUACAAGCAGAGCAGAGCUGUAUCAGACCACAAUGCAAUGGCUCGAUCGUCACUGCUCCCUCAUAGCACUCAGACCCAUGGUGCUGAACACCCUUCGCCAGUUGAGCACAACCACGUCCAUUCUUAGCGAUCCAUCCCUGCUGCCCGAAGAAGCCAUAAAGGCCGUCACGCACACAGAUGUGUAGCCUUGCUCUAAGAGGAGGUGACACGACUCGGGGACACCACAUGAACUUUUUAACAGCAGUCAGAAUGACAAAUCACUAGUUUACGUUUUAGAGACGCUCAGAGAAGGUCGCCACGUCUUCCACAGAUCCACAACUUCCCUGAAAAAAAAUAAAUGAAAUGAUGAAUGCAAGCUAGGUCUGGCUUACUUUUACUCUUCAUAUAUUUGUCCUGCAGUACUUUGAUUCUUGGGAAUGACGCACACCUUUUUGACGUUUAUAACAGCUGUGCACAAAAAAAAAAGCUUUUAUUGUUUUAUAUUUCACCUGCUGUAGGUGGAGAUCAUCUAAAGACUUUAUUAGAAGGUGGUACUCGUGGUUUGCUUUUUUUGAACAACAAUAUAUUUAUAUUUAAAUCACUUUUAUAAUGUAAAACACAACGUUGUGUUUAAAAAAGGGAAAUAUUGAGUGAUUGUGCAUAUAUGUCUUCUCUCUCCAAUGUAUAAAUGUAUGGAUAUGUUGCUUUUUUCACAAGGAGAGAAGAUGAAUGUGGAUUUUUUUUUUAGGACUAGCUGACAGUGUAGUAAAUGUUGUUGGGUUUUUUUUGUUUUCUUUAGAGGUUUGAACCUCCCAGAAAUGCGACUCGUGUGCUAGUCCGUGCUUACUUAGUACAAAAUGGGAGCUUUAUUGUCGUUUGUCUCAUUUACUCAGGUGAAUGUUACUUUGCCACUUAACGAUGGUGGUUUUCCGUCCAUGCUGAACAUUUGUCUUCAUGCUUUGCUUGCUCUGCCCAUUUUUAUCAAGUUCAACUGCAAAUUGUAUGAGAUCACAGUCAUCUUAGAGACGGUAUGUUACAUACAUGGGUUCCUACUGGGCAGGUUACAGCAAAAAAAAAAA